AUGCUGGACGCCACGUUGAUGCACUUUGCCAACAGAGCGCUGCUCGCUGCUACAUGCGGUGAUGAGCUUGGACUUGAACGCAAACCGCCGGUGCCUGGCCCUGGCUCUGGCUGGCAGGACGACGGAAAUGCGCGACAGAAAAAGAGGCUCAACGGACGCGUUUGGCAAAGUGGCGUUGGCUGGCGGCGGAGAUGGAAUGCCAAAACUCCUCCUCAUCCCUUCGACUUGAGACCCCACGCUGCACACUCGCCCAAGCCAGCUCCGACAGCCCACGAUGCGUCGGCCGAUCCGACAUGCUCGUUCCAUCCGCGGCUCAUCCGAACAUCCAUCCCUUCCCUAGAUCGCUGGCUCACUGUGCCGAAACUGCAUCCGCUUGCCAAUCUGGUCCGGAGACACAAUGGGCGCUUUCGCUCCUGCCUUGUGGCACCAUCCAACUCCGCCCGAUCCAGUAUCGCCAGCAUCGCCGCGAUCCUCCGUAUCGAUCCAAUCAAUGUCAUGAGCCUUCCGCUCCCCCAACUCUGCCGCUAUCGUACUCCGGCCUUUGCACUUCUCCGCUUCGUCUCCGCCCUCUUACCACUGCCGCUCAUACCUCCCGAGUCUCCCUAUCGUCAUCCUUCGACCGGCAAGCUAGGUGUGCUAGUUGAGCAGCUCUUCUUUGAGAUCCGCAUCUGGACAUGCGCAGUCGCUUACCCUCCAAGCCGUUUUUUGGCAGCGUACCACAGCGGACCCAGUCCAGAGGCUCUACCGAGGGCGUCUCGGCUACGUCUUACACCGACGCCCAUCUGCAGAGCCGCUUUUCGCCUCGCUGGCGGGGCGCCAACAUUACGGAUCGAAAUCGACAUCGGGAACCUCAAAGCACCGAUCUGCUGCGCGCUCCUCUAA